AUGGCCGAUUUCGUGCUUCCACAGUUGAAUCGAAGAGGGCACUGGGGUGGUGUGAAUGACGUGAGAAGGCGUCGAGGGGCUCCCAUUCAUUCAGAGCGUCAUGUCAAGAUAAUUUGUAUCGGUGCUGGUGCCUCAGGCCUGCUGUUCGCAUACAAACUGCAAAGAAGCUUCCGAAAUUUCGACCUUACAGUAUAUGAGAAGAACAAGGAAGUCGCCGGGACGUGGUGGGAGAACAAAUAUUGUGCUUGUGAUGUACCAGCUCACAAUUACACCUGGUCGUUUGAGCCCAAGCUGGACUGGUCCGCCGUCUACGCUGGAAGUGGCGAGAUAUUCAACUACUUCGACCACUUCUCGAAGAAGUACGGUCUUCGAAAGUACUGCAAAACACGCCAUCAAGUCGUCGGCGCGAUUUGGAACAACACCAAGGGCGGUUACGACGUAACAGUCCAGAAUACAGCCACAGGCGAAAAGUUCUUUGACUAUUGUGAUAUUCUCAUCAAUGCUGGGGGAAUCUUGAAUGCCUGGAGAUGGCCAGCCAUUCCUGGUCUGGACAGGUACAACGGAACACUGCUACACACUGCCAAUUGGGAUCCCAAUGUUGACCUGACUGGUAAGCACGUUGGCUUGAUUGGCAAUGGUUCCUCGGGCAUUCAAGUUCUACCGACGAUUCAGCCCCACGUUCGGAAAGUCACGACCUUCAUUCGCGAGCCCACAUAUGUUUCGCCUGUGCAAGGGCUCGAGCAGCAUGUCUUCAGCCCACAAGAACUUCAUGACUUCGCCAACACACCUGGGACUCUGCUUGAGUACCGAAAGCAAGUAGAGACUGGUUUGAACGGGCAAUUCAGUCUUUUCUUGAAGGGCACCAAGACUCAAGAUGACACACGGGAGUACAUGAUUGCCCAAAUGAAGAAGAAGCUUAAUAACAAGCUCCUCGAGGAUCAGCUAAUUCCUGACUGGUCCCUUGGUUGCAGACGACUCACACCUGGUGUUGGAUAUCUGGAGUCACUGACGAAGGAGAACGUCGAAGUCGUGUACGGCGGGAUCAACGAGAUCACCGAGAAAGGCUGUCUGUGUGACGAUGGGCAGGAAUAUCCAGUUGAUGUCUUGAUCUGCGCGACCGGAUUCGACACAACAUUCAAACCCCGAUUCCCGCUCCUAGGGCCCAGUGGGACCAACUUACAAGACGAAUGGGCGAAAGAGCCAAGGUCAUACUUCGGCGUCGCGGCAGCCGACUUCCCCAACUACCUGGUCUUCCUGGGCCCAAACUGCCCCAUCGGCAACGGACCCGUCCUGUCCGCAAUAGAAGUGCAAGCAGACUGGAUGCUGGCGGUGAUUGACCGCUACCAGACCUCGAACAUCCACAGCAUUGCGCCCAAACGCGAGGCGGUCGACGACUUCAUCGCCUGGAAGGACGAGUUCAUGGAACGCACCGUCUGGGCAGACCCAUGCAGGAGCUGGUACAAGGCUAACCAGGCAGACGCACCGGUGACGGCUCUGUGGCCCGGCUCGACGCUACACUAUAUCGAGGCGCUGUCGGAGAUCAGGUGGGAUGACCUUGAGGUCAAAUACAACGGCAAUAGAUUCUCCUGGCUGGGCAAUGGCUUCUCGCAGUGUGAGUCCGAUCCGACCGCGGACUGGGCGUAUUACAUCAGAGAAUACGACGAUCAGGAGUAUCAGUCGAAAGGGAGGAGGAGGGAAGUUUUGACUAAGUCGGGCUCGGUCAAGAGGAGAGCUGGCGCGAUCAAUUUUGCUGGAGAUAAGGAGCUGCAUGCAAAUUUAUGA